AUGCAGAAGGGCGAGGGCGCGGACCCCGAGGUGACAUGGGAGGACCAGCAGAACAUCAACAAGUUCGGGCGGCUUAACAACCGCCUGCACGAGCUGGACGACGAGAUCAAAGGCAAGAAGGACUACUUAGAGAACAUAGAGGACGCAAGCAACGAACUGAUUUUGUGUGACGAUGACACGGUGCGGUACAUGGCGGGGGAGGUGUUUCUGCACACAGACAAGGACGACGUGGAGGGGCAGCUGGAGGCGCUGAGGGAGAAAACGAGUGGCGAGGUGGCGGCACUGGAGGGGGAGAAGAGCAGCCUCGUGACGCAGAUGGGCGCCCUCAAGGUGGUGCUGUAUGGGAAAUUCAAAGAUGCGAUCAAUCUGGAGGAGGAUUGA